AUGGUGUGCUUUGCGGCCAUGGCAUUCUGCCUUCCGUUUAUCAUCCUUCUGACUGUACUGUUUGCAGCGGCUGUGGCAUGGAAGGCAUGGAAUCCCCUUGGCUUGCCAAGUUUGCCGAAGAAAAUUGCACCUUUUGACACUUCCUGGUUCAUCCUGUACCGUUGGGAUCUCGAUCUUUGUGUGGAGUUUUCCAAGCAGAUCACACUGACAUCUUGCAUAUGGCCAGAUUUGUGGCGCUUUGUCAAUGGAAGUCUGGAACAUCAACACACUGGUCUUUGUCUCACAUACAUUCCAAAAGACUGGUGUGACAAGAUUUCUUCAAAUAGCGAUUUGCAGGAAUGUGUUGUGUUGAAAAUGACUGACUGCCCUUCUGACCAUCAUAGCCGGCGUUACCCUGACUGGUCACAAAGGUGGCAUGCAGACCAGGGUCGCAUCUACUUACAAGCAUUGCUGAGUGAGACAGGUGUCAAUGUGGCAUCCAGCGUUCACAAACAGCAGCGGCCAUACAUGUGGAUUGCCGGCGAGGGCGAAGCAGCCCUGCCGGUCUUGGAGAAACCGCCAUAUCCGACAUGGAAUUUGAUGCUCGCGCUACUCGGAAGUCAUCCGUUUGGAGACUACCGACUCUUUGAACAACAAGACUGCAGUGCUGGAGAUGGCUUUUGCUUUAGCAAUGGUCAGUUUCACAGUGGCAACUGCUCCUGCGCCUGUGACGCCCCUUUCGUCGGACGCAUGUGCUCCGUCAUUGAUGAGGAUGCAGCAAAAGAAAUGAGCUGCGCAAGAAGGAAGGCGUUGGGCCCUGCGAGAGAGUGCAGUAACCUGGCCCUUGGGGAGAAAGUUCAGGAUGCUCUUAACACAUUUGGAAUGUUCAUGUCCGUGGUUUGUUCGUCCAUGUUGCAGUCGGUGUGGGCCCUUUUAGUUCUCCUGGCUGCGGCUGGGGCGACCUUGAUGACUGGAUAUGAGCUAGAUAAAUAUUUGUUCAUGGAGGUGGAUGUAUCAAUAUCAUUUGGAAUUUCUUGUGCCAUUUGCAGUGUGUGCUUCGUGCUGCUCCUGGGCUGGAAUUUGCUCGAUGUUUUCUUCCAUUGGACACUUUUUCCAUACUAUGCGAUCUUCAGAGCGGGUCGUUGGCCCUAUGCAGAUCGAGCCAUCCUUUUCUGUGCUGGAGACAUGGAGUUUGGUUCUUACGUGUUUUUUGUGCAGGUGGCCAAGACUACCUAUUCUUUGAAAGGGCUGUUCACGGCCUUGGUGGAGCCUCCUGACCUUCAGGAACCAGUUUCUACAUGGAUACCUAUGAUCACCACAGCGGAUGCCAUCCUUCUAGCUGAACUGCCAAACCUCUAUACAUUGAUGGGAUUGGCAAGGUCGCAGCUCGACGGGCCAGCAACCAGUGUCAUGACUCCCUUCACAGGUUUCCUUGUGUGUGUUGGAUUGAUUCUGCUGGAACUUGCUGAGGUCCGGGCAUUGUUCAAAACUCGACGUGACAGCCGGCGCUUUGCCAACAUGGAAUUCAUGUUUGCAUUUGUACAAGACCUUCCUGAGUUUCUGUUCUCUUCAUUUGUGAGUGUCCUUGGUGUCUGGAACCAAUACGUUCUGUAUGCUCUCGUGAGCUCAACAAUAGCUCUUCUAACCACCCUCGCUCGCUUGCGUCACUACGGUGUCUCCGCAUCGCCUGCCACGGCUGAAGAAUUCUGCAGCCUGCUCAGCGAGAUCCAGCCGUCCAACAAUUUGUGCGACUGCGAGGGAGGAAAUGAGGCCUUGGAUGAGUGCCCAAAAGAUGAACCCGCAGAGGCUGCAGGUGACGUGCCUGAGAGGAGCCAUGUUUUGAAGUGUACAUCGCGCGAAAUCUCGCGCGAGGUAUCCCCAGCAUAUGGUCCUCUAUAG